CAAGUGAAGCGGGUACAGACUAGUUCGUGAGAAUAAACGGUGGAGAAAACAAAAUGAUAGUAAAAGUUAAUGUCCUCCAAUAGCUUUCAUUGGGACAGGAAUUCUCACCCCUCUUCCGCUCUUUUCAAGAGCUCAGACGGUCCCUUCAAAGCCUGAAUAGCCCGACAGGCUGGAUGGCUAGACAGCAACUUUCAACUUGACCUUGGCCUCCAGCCGCAUCUACCUCCUAUGUAAAAACACGCAUGCACUGUCAAGUGGAGAGCUUUUUUCUGUCUUUGCAUAUUGCAAACAUGUCGGAAGUCUAGUGUCUUUAAUAUUUACCUAAAACCAUGACGUUACAUCCGAUUUUCUUUUAUUUCUAACUGAAUUUGGCAUGGAGAUAUUUAAAGGAGACCGUGUCUCUGACUGUUUUCUAGAAAUAUUUGCAUAGGCUACAUGAAUGAAAUUCCUUGAAAUAUGUCGACUCUCAUACUUUUCUGUACCAUUUCUACAUCCUAUACUGAACGCUGUUUGAGGUCGGACUGAGGGGUAUAGCAUACUGCUUAGUGGAUCUAUGCAUCAACGGGCGGCAGAAGUAGUCUACGAUUAUUUCCUUGUAUAUCCCGUGGAAUAAAUAUCUUUUAACAUUGUGUUUUUCUAAAUGGGAAUCUCAUGUGGUAAAUGUCUGUGUAAUUACACCCAGUAAGUAUAGCGUCGCAGACAAAGGCUAGGCUAGUCAAUGUGCGUGCGUAUAGGCCAUAAAGAAAUGCAUAGUCAUAUGUAGAUGGAUGAGUCAUAGCUGUUUUGACCACUUUUCAAUAAUCGAGUCUUAUUUGAACUUCACACAUAAAGCGAAUCAUUUUCAUACCAAUAAUAUCUAAUUCGGGCAUUUGGGAUUCUGGAAUAAAAAGUAAUAUGAAAAAGAAGAGGCCACUGUAUGUGUAUCUGCCGUAAUUUUUAAAUAAAGGGACAACAUCCAUCUCAAUUGAAGCAGACACGAUCAAAACCAAGUCCCUUUAUAGGUACGGUCACCUUACUUCGCCGCAUUUUUCUCCAUUUAAUUAUCUGUACUGGGUGAUGUUUACCGUCCUCUUUGCAUAGCCUGGUCACGUGAUAACAUCUGGACCAAUGACGGAGCAACCUCUGCGCUCUUGUGCGCGUCAGAGUGGCAUUACUCUCUGGGAACCAGUAUCUCCUUUUUUCAGUCUCUGGGCUUUUUAAAAAAGAGCCAGAAGCCUCAAUGUUGGAUGCCGUGCUAUGACAACGUCACUGCUCCUCCGUCCUCGCUGGGUCGACCCGUCGGUGAUGUUCCUCUACGACAACGGCGGCGGUUCCGAUGAAGUGAGCAAGAACAUGGAGGGUUUUGCUGGUGGCAACUUUGCUGCGAACCAGUGUAGGAAUCUGAUGGCGCACCCCGCGUCCCUGGCACCCAGCACGGCUUACUCGUCCAGCGACGUGCCCACCUCCGGUAUGGGCGAGCCAGUGAAACAGUGCAGCCCUUGCUCUGCAGCUCAGAAUUCAUCCAGCGCGUCCCUGCCAUAUGGGUACUUCGGUAGUGGCUAUUACCCGUGCAGAAUGUCGCAUCACAGCAGCAUAAAGUCGUGCGGAGCGCAGCCCCCCUCCGUGUACGGAGAGAAAUACAUGGACACGUCCGCCUCGGGCGACGACUUCACUUCUCGAGCAAAGGAAUUCGCUUUUUAUCCGACAUACCCUUCAGGUCCAUACCAACCUGUUCCCAGUUACCUGGACGUUCCUGUGGUGCCAACUAUCGGUGCGCCGUCAGACGCCAGACAUGAGUCCCUGCUGCCUAUGGAGAGCUACCAACCGUGGACUCUCGCCGCCAACGGCUGGAAUGGCCAGGUUUACUGCGCCAAGGAGCAGCCCCAGCCUGGACACAUGUGGAAGUCCUCCAUACCAGACGCGGUGUCCCACGCCGGAGGAGAUUCUGUCUCUUAUCGACGUGGAAGAAAGAAGCGCGUGCCAUACACCAAGGUGCAACUGAAGGAACUCGAGCGCGAGUACGGCGCCAAUAAAUUUAUCACGAAGGACAAAAGGAGGAGGAUAUCUGCCCAGACGAACCUGUCCGAGAGACAGGUCACGAUAUGGUUUCAGAACAGACGCGUGAAGGAGAAGAAAGUUGUCAACAAAUUGAAAACCAUCAGCUAGUUUUGUAUUACGGACACUAUCUGUGGGAGAUAAACUGCCAGGCCUACACACACACACACACACACACACACACAUGCUCACGCGCUAGGACUUAUGGAUUGGAACAACGAAACUCCUUCCUGACUGAACAUGAUUUAUUUGAAUGUCUCCAAAUGAUUUCCCGGAGCUUCUGGAACAAAAUUUUCCUCCAUUUCCUGCCACUUGUUAAAUGUUCCUUACGGAAUCAAGCGGGUCGGGGGGGGGGGG